UUAUGAUUCAAGAUGGCGCUUAAAAGUUACGAAGUAAAAUUUAAAAUUGAAUGCGAGUGGUUUACGGACACGGCCGCUAUGAUUAAAUCAAAGGAUUACUCAUCAGGGGUAUUAUCGGCUCGAAUUCGUAAACUCGAAGACCAUUAUAAGAAUCUAUCGGUCGCUUAUGAGAAUUUGUUAACAAAAUUAGAUGAGGAAACAGACCAGGCACGCGUAUCGGUAUAUGAUGAGCAAUUUAAGAAGGCUAAUCUCUGUUACAAUGAACUUGAAGCAUUUUCUGUAAAAUUACCGAAUUCUGAUGGUUCACACAUGACGACGGAAAGUUCAGUGCAUGGCCGUCUACCUAAUAUAGAUCUACAGAACUAUCACGGAGAACCAUUCGAAUGGUUCGGAUUUAUUAGUUUGUUCAACUCUCUAAUAUUGUCCAGAAACGAUCUCUCCAAGACGCAAAAAUAUCACUAUUUGUUUAGUCAUGUUUAUGACGAGCCCCGGACGCUUAUACAACACCUGACUAUGACGGACGACUCACUAGAUACCGCCCUAGAAAUUUUAAAGAGUAGAUAUGAUAAUAAAAGGAUGAUGAUUGACCGAUAUCUAGGACGCUUGAUUAAUUUGCCCGUCUUGACGAAUCCGCGAAAUCUUCGCGUAGGGUUACUUAAUCCGCUAUUAGAAUGUACCAGGUCCCUAAAAAAUUUAGGAUUAUCUAUCGAAGAUUACAUGCUUGUGUUUAUGAUGCUUGGGAAGUUACCCACAGAGUUAAGAACUAGAUUUGAACAAAAACACGGUGGAUUAAAUAAUGGAUUACCGGAGUUUAAAAUUUUUAUAACGUUUAUUCAAAAUGAAUGUCAUUUCAUUGACACUGCUACGGAUUAUAAUUCGGUUACAGUAAAAUCGGAUGAACGGACUCGAAAGUUAAAUACUUAUGAGCAACGUAAACAACCCGUCGGGUGCCUAUUCUGUAAUAAUACGAACCACAAGGUAUUCGAUUGUUUUAAAUUUCUAGGCUCAACCCCGGAUGAACGACGUACGUGGGUUAAGACAAAGGGAUACUGUUUUAGAUGUUUCGGUGGACAUUCGGCUAUUUCAUGCACGCGUAAUGUAGCAUGUUCCUUUUGCGGCAACGUUGGCCAUCAUAAAUUGAUUUGCUUGACCCAAAACGACAAGUUCAAUAAAAAUAACAAAAUAAACAAAAACACGCGUCACGUAGCCGUAGGUAUGUUCGAUUACAAUGGUGAACGCAAUACUGAUUGUAAUGACGAUUACGAUCACUUCGACAAUCGGUCGGUCGACAGAUUUGAGAAUAACGCCCCGCAUUCGGCUUAUGGACGAUUUGAGACGAAUCGUGAGUACUCGUGCCGUUUUGACUCAAAUGACAAUCGUUUGACGGCACCGGCGCCGGCGAUACAAGAUGUACGCGAGAAUAACGAUAUUCGUUUCUCGACUUCGCCCACUGCUGGGCAGAAUAGAAACUCAUAGCAAUUAAUUGACAGUCAUGUCGCUUCAUCCGUUCCUAAAUUACCGGAUAACAUAUUACUACCUACUGUAAUUGUUUAUGCACAAUCGGCUUACGGUAACUUGGUACCUACACGCGCCUUGUUAGAUAUUGGCUCGCAAUUAACUAUAAUUAGAAGUGCAUUUAGUAACUUACUUUUAUUAAAGCGACAUAACUGUCAUACUUCUGUUUACGGUGUCGGCGGAAAAGGUAGGCUUAAUGAUCAAAUGGUAGUAUUGAAUUUGAAACCUAAAAGUAAUGAUAAUAAGGUUUUAUCUUGCACGGCCAUUGUUAUGAAAAUUCCUACAGCCUAUGUGUGCAAGUUGGCGAAUAUAAUAAAAUUCAUAAAUAAGGUUCCGAUUUCAGACACGGACUUAUUACAUCUAUCAAGGAUCGAUAUUAUUAUCGGAUGUGAUAUUUUAGGCGAGAUUUUAACCGGCGAAAUUGUAACGUUAGGGCCAGGUGGGCCAUAUGCGUUAAAUACGAUUUUCGACUAUGCGGUUUUCGGUCCACUUAAUAGUGGUAUUUCGGCUCAGAACCUGGUUUCGCAUAACAUGGUUAAUGAAAAUUCGGUUUCAUUCGGUUCGGCUUCGGUUAAUAUGUUUAACUCGGUUAAAGAAAAUUUAGUUUUAGUCGGUUCUGAUUCGGUUAGUGAUAAUUCGGCUUUAUUUGAUUCGGUCUCGGUGAAUACGUCUGUCAAUGACAAUUCGGUUUUAUUCGGUUUAAAUUCGAUUCAUAAGUACAAUACGGUGGUAAAUAAUAAUACGGAUGCUGAUAAUAUUUUGUUUUCGGGAAACGCACUUGUUGAAGCGGUUGAAAGGUUUUGGUCUUCGGAAGAACCACCUAUGAUGAAAAUUAAGGACCCCAUGAAUAUUGAAUGUGAGAAUUUAUUUAUUGAAACGACAAAUCGGGGGUCAGAUGGAAAAUACACGGUACGACUGCCGCUUAUACCUACACAUCCUCAAUUAGGCGAUUCUAGACAAAUGGCUUAUCGGAGAUUUCAAGCUUUAGAACGUCGGUUUAAAGUUCAGCCUGUAUUCCGGG